GCAGCACUUAGUUAAGCUUUAACUUUAACUGCCGUAGGGUAGAAAAUGAAAGCCUUCGUAAUUGUUUUGGCUUCCUUAGCCACGCUUCUGGCCGUUGGCGGUGCGUCGAAAGUGCGUUAUGAUAACUUCAAAGUGUUUAAAAUUCGAACAAAAAGCGUUGAACAACAGAAAUGGAUUGAGAAGUUGGCAAGUGAUUCGAAGAACUUCAAUUUAUGGCACAGCGGCAAUAAAGAGGUACACAUCAUGGUCAAUCCACAAAAACUUAUAAAUUUACAAAACUACACACGUUCCUACAGUUUGCCUAUGGAGGUAAUGGUUUCCAAUGUUCAAAGCCUUAUUGAUGGCGAGCAAAGUACGCGCUCAACUGACGAUACCAGCUCCUUUGGUUGGACUCGCUAUUAUCCACUCUCCGCAAUCGAGGCUUUCUUAGACGAUAUACUUGCCAAAUAUCCCAGCGUUACUAGUGCCAUAGAUAUUGGCACAUCUUACGAAGGACGCAAGAUUCGUGGUAUUAAAAUCUCCUACAAAGAAGGCAAUCCCGGCAUUUUCAUUGAGUCCAACAUACACGCACGUGAAUGGAUUACCUCGGCUACGGCGACUUGGUUAAUCAAUGAGCUGCUCACUUCUACGGAUGAGAAAGUACGCAAUUUGGCUGAGAACCAUGAUUGGUAUAUAGUGCCGGUCUUAAAUGUGGACGGUUUUGCCUACACCCACACAACGGAUCGCAUGUGGCGCAAGACACGCCAACCUGUUGACGGCUCUGAUUGCAUUGGCGCCGAUCCGAAUCGCAAUUAUGACUCACAUUGGAUGGAGAAUGGUGGCGCCUCCUCAAAUCCCUGCGAUGAGACUUAUGCCGGCUCGCAACCUUUCUCUGAGCCAGAGGUUAAAGCACUUGCUGAUUAUGUUGCCAGCAUUAAGGAUCGUCUCAAUAUUAUGCUCGCUUUUCAUUCGUACAGUCAGGUGUUGCUUACGCCGUAUGGUUGGACAAAGGAUCCGCCAGAAAAUAAUGAUGAUUUAAUUGCGGUCGCAAAGGCAUAUUCAGAUGCAGUUUUUGAAUUACCUUAUCAAACUAAAUAUACUUAUGGCGCAACUGCGGAUGUGAUGUAUUUUGCUUCUGGCGCUUGCAAUGAUUGGGCUUACAGUGAGCAAAACAUUUCACUCUCCUAUACAAUCGAAUUCCGUGAUACUGGCCGAUAUGGUUUUAUUCUGCCUCCAAUACAAAUUUUGCCACACUGCGAGGACACACUCACCGGUUUGUUGGCUCUGGUGGGAAAGGCCGAUGAAUUGGGUUAUCUGGCGCUCAAAUAUUAAAAAAUGUAAAAAAAAAAUAUAUAAAGUCAAAUCAAUAAAGACAUUCAAAUCGAA